GAAAGAAAACGCGCAGAAACAAGAAGGGAGAGAACCGAAAAUAGCCGACAGACCUGCCUUCUGCUCUCUCUCUCUCUCUCUCUCUCUCUCUCUCUCUCAAAUACCCCUACUACUACAUACAUCCAGAUUAUAGAGAGAGAAAGACAGUCGGAGGGAAUGGUGACCUUGUGUGAUUCCUCGUAUUCUCAUAUCUGAGAGAGAAAACAGAGAGAGAGAAAACAGAGAGAGAGAGAGAGAGAGAGAGAGAGAGAAGGGAGGAGAGAGAUGCAGCAGAAGUGGAGGUGGAGGACGUUGGGAGUACUUCGGAGGUUGCUAUCGUGCGCCAUAGGAUCGAUAGGCCUACUGGCUCUCCUCUUCGCCCACGUACGCCUAUUCCCUUCCUCCCAAGUGCCCAACUUACCUGACUCCUACAAGCUCCCCAUGCAACAAGAAAUUGGAUUGGGAGGAGAGCGGAACUGGAUGGUAGAAGUGGCGCCACCCCAUUUGUCGAGAUCUCCUCUCCCUCCUCACAAGUUGGAUGGUGCAAGUGGGAAUUUGGAUUUAGACAAGCUAUGGAAGCAACCGCAAAAGCAAGAUUUUGUGCCCUGUGUUGAGCCAAGUUCAACCUACAAAAGUACUGGAGAGACUCGAGGUUACCUCCUUGUUCAUACGAAUGGUGGGCUAAAUCAAAUGCGAGCUGGGAUAUGUGACAUGGUUGCCGUCGCCCAUAUUCUAAAUGCUACUCUUGUAGUUCCAGAACUUGAUAAACGCUCAUUUUGGCAGGACACUAGUAAUUUCUCUGAUGUAUUCGAUGAGGACCAUUUUAUCACUUCCUUGGCGAAUGAUGUAGAAGUCAUUAGAAAGCUUCCUCAGGAACUGGCUACUGCAACUAGAGCAGUUAAGCACUUUAGAAGCUGGUCUGGUGUUGAUUAUUACCAGGAUGAGAUAGCUAGCUUGUGGGAAGAUUAUCAGGUUAUUCGAGCAGCUAAGUCAGAUUCUCGAUUGGCAAACAAUAAUCUUCCUCCGGACAUUCAGAAGUUACGCUGUCGUGCUUGUUAUGAAGCCCUCCGUUUUUCACCACGUAUUGAAGCCAUGGGAAAAUUGUUGGUGGAUCGUAUGAGGUCUUAUGGUCCAUAUAUUGCUUUGCAUUUACGAUAUGAAAAGGAUAUGCUUGCCUUCAGUGGAUGCACUCAUGAUUUAUCUCCACAAGAAGCUGAUGACCUAAAGUUAAUCAGGGAGAACACUGUGUAUUGGAAAGUAAAGGAAAUCGAUUCUAUGGAACAGAGAGCCAAAGGAUAUUGCCCCUUGACUCCAAAGGAGGUUGGAAUAUUCCUCACUGCUCUGGGUUUCCCUUCAAUCACCCCUAUAUAUAUUGCUGCUGGAGAGAUAUAUGGGGGUGAUUCUCAUAUGGCCGAACUGCAAUCACGCUAUCCUUUAUUAAUGAACAAGGAAAAACUGGCAUCAGCGGAGGAGCUAGGGCCUUUUAUCAACCAUUCUUCUCAAAUGGCUGCUUUGGAUUACAUUGUCUCCGUUGAGAGCGAUAUAUUUAUUCCUUCGUACUCUGGAAACAUGGCAAGGGCAGUUGAAGGUCAUCGUCGAUUCCUUGGACAUAGGAAAACUAUUUCCCCUGACAGGAAAGCCCUUGUUCACCUUUUUGACAAAAUAGAGCAGGGAACACUGAAGGAAGGCAGAAAGCUUUCCACUCGCGUUAUUGAACUCCACAAACGACGGCAAGGGUCCCCAAGGAAGAGAAAAGGGCCCAUUUCAGGAACAAGGGGCACCGAUAGGUUUCGGUCGGAAGAAGCAUUUUAUGUGAACCCUUUACCGGAUUGUUUGUGUCACAAGGCAUCGUUUACAUUGAAUACAUCUGUUAUGAUACAGUAGACAAAGGCAUCGGCUCAAAACCCCUGGUAAGAAUGUCCCCAGGCCAGUGGAUUGGUGCCUAUGAAGCUCAAGAAUGUUGCUCCCACUGAUGGAGUUAAGGUCGCAAAAUGUGUAUAUUGUGAGGAUGGGUUCUGGCUCCUAUCUAAAUACAUGCAGGUGAAAACGGCGAUGACAUUGGGCUGGGGAAGAGGUAUGAAGAUUAAUUAGACUGGGCACUCCGGCAAGUUGCGAGUGUUGGAGAAGAGAUUUGUUGGGGAUGUGGUAUUGAAUUAGUGCGGGCUGUAAAAAUAAUGUGCUACGUUGACGUAUCCAUUCCAUUUUUUGGGAAUUCAGUGCAAUAAAAGAGGAAAAAAUUAUUAUUUCUGCCUUC